AUGGCCCCUGAAGAUUUUAAAGGCAAGCUUGCCAUCGUCACAGGCGCCUCCAAACAUAAUGGCAUUGGCUUCGCCACUGCCUAUGCCUUAGCCAGGGCCGGUGCUGAUCGUAGUGCUGGAAAGAUUCGGGAUCUUGGGGUCAAAGUCAUCGCCGUCCAAGCUGACGCCGGUUCUCUGACUUUUGGUGAUGAUAUCGUUCGUGCGACUGUGGAAGCCUUCCCGGGCCGUCAGAUUGACAUCGUCGUCAACAACGCUGGGUUCGGGACAUUUCAAGAGAGCACCGCAGAAGCCGUGGUUGAAGAUUUUGACGCGUUGUUCCAUGUCAACGUCAGAGGGCCCCACCUCCUGGUUCGAGCUGCUCUUCCCUACAUUGCGUCCCCUGGAGGCCGCGUUGUCAACGUCAGUAGCGUAGUAGCUCGCACUGGGGCCAAGCAGGCUGCACUUUACUCGAGUUCGAAGGGAGCCCUGAAUACAUUGACGCUGGCUUGGGCCGAAGAGCUCGGCGAUAAAGGCAUUACCGUCAACGUUGUUUCCCCAGGGCCUAUUGGCACGGACUACGCGGCGCCCGAAGAACCCCCAUUGAUCCAGAAGUUCCGGGCCCAACAGUACGCGAAGCGUGAUGGAACUACCGAAGAGGUUGCCAAUGUUAUCCUGUUCGCCGCAAGCGCCGGUGCUAGCUAUAUGUCUGGUCAAGUCCUGGCAGUCGAUGGCGGUUUGAGUUAUGUAUAA